AUGUUUGGUGUCCCUUUUGUGCUUGAUGAGGAGAUGGUUCCAGAGGAUGAGGAACGAGAGGCACUGCAGGAUAUCAUCAACAAUGCUAAGUUAAAUGAAGGUUAUCUAAAUCUUGCUCGAGAUAUAGAGGUCAUAGAAGCGAAAACCCCUGAGGAUAUUUACAAGUUUCCUUUUCCUAUCUUGAAAAUGGAACUCCUUUUGCUUGAUUUAAUCUUCUGUGUCAUUGUCAACUUUUACAUGAUCUGUCCUGAAAAUGGAACAGUUUCCUAUCCUGAAAAGGGAACACGUUUUUUGCUUGAUUUGAUCUUCUAUCAUUGGUCUCUGCAUCAUAUCGACAAAGACCUUCUCGGGUGGUGGUUGUGUGAGCGGCAAGUCAAAUCUGGAGGUCUUAAUGGGCGCCUAGAGACAGUUCCAGAUGUCUGCUAUUCAUGGUGGGUCCUUUCUAGCCUGAUCAUGAUUGAUAGAGUACAUUGGAUUAACAAGGAAAAACUUGUGAAGUUCAUCUUAGACUGCCAGGAUCUAGAAAAUGGAGGAAUUUCAGAUAGACCAGAUGAUGCAGUUGAUGUCUACCACACAUACUUUGGUGUAGCUGGACUUUCACUUCUUGAAUAUUCAGGAUUGAAAGCCAUAGAUCCAGCCUAUGCUUUGCCGGUUGAUGUUGUAAAUAGAAUUUUCUUGGGCAAAUAAUGAUCCUGAAGAACAACUUAUGAUUCUAAUUAUAACUGAACUCAUUGUUUUCUCUUUUAUAGGAAAUAAAGAAAAUAAUAUAUCUUUAUAUUGAAGUAGAAAUAUAUUGUUAAAGGGAUAAUGCUUUGGACAUUGUUUUGAAUCAAAUGCAUUCUCGUGAUCGUGGUCAUUUGAAUAUGCCAGCUGAUGAAAGAGAAAAGAGACACCAGCAUAAUUUCAUGCAUGUAACAACUCAUACAUCUCAAGAAUGGGCUGCAACCUUUGUUAGUGAACUUAAUGAUACUAUUGUGGAAGCUCAACUGAGGACUAGGCAAGUUCCACCUCUACUUCCUAUGAAAGAAGUCGUUGAUCACUAUUUGGAAUCCAAUAAUAGAUGAUUCUUAGUUUAUUUACAUUAAUUUACUAAGGAAUGGAAUGAACUUUAUGAAGUUUUUUUUAUUUUGGUAGGGGUAACCUUAAAAUGAUAACUUUAUGACUUAUUUUAGUAUUGAACAUUAUAAAGAAUUUUAGCAUUAAACA